AUUGAUAUCGAGGCUAGACGCCAUUCCCAGCAGACGGAUCGUCAAUGCAGGCAAAAAGUCUGCUCUAAACUGACAUCAUGUUGCGAUCUUCUUCACUAGUGCGUACUGUUGCCAGGCAGCUUAAUGUACAGCGAGUUUCUAGGGUCGCUGCAUCCCGUUCAUUGUGCACGACAUGUAGUAGAAAUCGUCAUAUAAAUUCAAGUCUUGUAUCCAAACAUGGACAGCCAGGACAGACUUUCCUUACAUGCCACAGUCAGUGUCAACCAAGGCGAUAUUACAGCUCAGAUCUACCGGAUCACUUCAAGGUGCCCCUCCCCGCCCUCUCUCCUACCAUGGAAGUGGGCAACAUAGUCAGCUGGGGAAAGAAAGAAGGUGAUCAGGUGUCAGAGGGAGACCUCCUGGCAGAGAUAGAGACAGACAAGGCCACAAUGGGGUUUGAGACACCAGAAGAGGGUUACCUAGCCAAGAUUCUCAUUGAAGCAGGUGCUAAGGAGGUACCUGUAGGCAAGCUGCUAUGUAUCAUAGUGGAGAACAAAGAGGACAUAGAAGCAUUCAAAGAUUACCAACCAUCGGAAGAAGAUUCCGCUUCAGCACCAGCUGCAGCUGCUGAGCCUGCACCGGCAGCACCUGCCCCUCCACCCCCACCCCCGCCCCCAGCCCCUCCUCCCCCUCCCCCUCCUACACAGCCAGCGAGCUCCGUUCCCCCACCCCCACCCCCAUCAAGACCAGCUGGAGGGAGGGUGAUGGCUUCACCUCUGGCUAGGACUCUGGCUGCAGAGAGGAAUAUUGACUUGAGCAUGGUGACAGGGACAGGACCGGAGGGGCGUAUACAAGGCAGCGACGUGCUUAACUACACCCCUUCUGUGGCGGCCCCUCUUCCGCCUCCACAGCCUCUUCCUGGACAAGCUUACGUGGAUAUCCCCAUGUCCAAUGUGAGGCAGGUUAUAGCCAAGAGAUUGCUGCAGUCCAAACAGACCAUACCGCAUUACUAUCUGUCUGUGGAUAUUAACAUGGAUAAUAUUUUAGAACUUCGAAAGGAGUUGAAUGAUAUUCUUUCCAAAGAGGAAGUGAAAUUAUCUGUCAAUGAUUUUGUCAUCAAGGCCGCUGCUCUGGCGUGUAAGAAGGUCCCUGAGGCCAAUUCCUCCUGGAUGGACACUUAUAUUAGGCAAUAUACCAAUGUAGACAUUAAUGUAGCAGUGGCAACAGAUGGAGGACUUAUUACUCCCAUUGUGUUCAAUGCUGAUAAAAAGGGUUUGGCAUCAAUUUGCUUGGAUGUUGGGGCCCUCGCUUUGAAAGCCAGAGAAGGCAAACUACAGCCUCAUGAAUUUCAGGGUGGCACUUUCACAAUCUCUAAUCUUGGAAUGUAUGGCGUCAAGAAUUUCUCUGCCAUUAUCAAUCCUCCUCAGGCCUGUAUACUGGCUGUUGGAGGCUCGGAGAAGAGACUGGUGGUCGACCCCGACAGUGAAAAUGGCUACAGAACUGCUAACGUAAUGAGCGUGACGCUGAGCUGUGAUCACAGAGUUGUAGAUGGUGCAGUAGGAGCCCAGUGGUUGGCCGAAUUUAGGAAAUAUCUAGAAAAGCCAAACACGAUGCUAAUAUAAACUUUAUGCACUCUGCCCAGAGCAGAAGAUAUAUUUUAGAAAUUGGUAUCCAUUGAAACUCUGAGACUUAAUUGGUGUUUAGAAUAUACCUGUAAUCCUUAUAUAACAUAUAUGAGUACAACACCAAGAGGAACUAUUUCAUAUACUCCCCACAGCUGAACAUCUUUAUAUUCAACAAAUAAUACUGUCUAAGAACACACUACUCAGAAUUUUAUAACAAACUGAGCUUGAAGCUUUUAAUACUUUAUGUUCUAAUUGGUGAAUGAAAAUGCAAGUUGUGUUUAGACAUGGACUUAAGCCUGUGGUCCAGAGAAAGUCAAUACAGGUGCAUUAAUUUUAGGUAUUUAUUAAUUGUCGGAACCCUAGUUGUUACUCAUUGUACACCUGAGGUAGCUAAAGGGCGUCUUCUUUUCUUAUCACACCUGAGUGGUGAAUGUUGGAUAAAUUACGGCAGAUUAAAUGGCUCGACCAUUGCUGGUUUCUACAACAACAACGGCUGACAGAAGUACAGGUGAAAUGCACUGUGUUUUGUCAUUUUGCUAUGCGGGCCAUUUCGUUGGAAGGUGUAUGCAUAAUGCCAUAGAGAGAUUGACAUUCAUUAAAGAUAAUACGAGAAAAAAUUAUAGUCCGAAGUUUUGAGCUGAUACCGUAAAAUUUAUUCAUUUUGAAUUGCAUGGAGAUAUGAAAACAAAGGAUUUGGCAUACAACGAACAUGAAACUCAUGGUUAAAAAAUGAGAAAAUUCUAAUUAUUCUGUGAAUGAAUGCUUUAAAUGAUGUGCAGUGUAUGCACACGUUCCAGUAUAUAUAUAUAUAGUUCUUGGAAAGAAGAAAAAACCAUGUGAAAUGUCGUCGUCAGAAUCUAGCUUAAAUCUGUUUUACAGAUGACUACUUAAUAUGUACUGAUGUACAGCUUAUAUAGAGUUCACUUUUAGUGUAUGCUAUGAGGUAUGCAGUUUAUUGUUUAGGUUAGAAAAAGCAU